AUGGACGAGGAUGAUCUCAACAAAGACCACCAACAUGCUACCAACAAAUGGGCGAAGCAUUUCCUCGACGAAUACGGCGACAAAGGCGUCGAAAAGCUAGCAUCAAGCUAUCGCGAAGGACAGCCAUGUAGAUGGGAGCUUAAAAGGAAUGGCUCAUUCAACUCUUGCCAUAAGGUCGUCUUCAAGGACGGCACAGCAUGGGCAGUACGUUUUCCAAUUCCUGGCCGUGUGAUGCAUCCAGAUGAGAAAAUACGUCGUGAGGUAGCAGUCAUGAAAUUUGUAAAGGAGAAGACCAAGAUACCAGUUCCGAAGGUGAUAGCUUUUGGCACUGCUGCAGACAAUCAUGAUCCCAGUAUAGGCCCAUUCCUCAUCACUGAUUGGGUUGAAGGCGUACCUGUCACCAACGUCAUCGAAGAACUUCCUCGACCAUCUUGGAGCCCUGUACUGCGUCAUGACAUUGAGGAUAAUCUGCUUCGCAAAAUCUACAGUCAGAUGGCCAGUAUUCUUCUGGAGCUAGCAGAACACGACUUCACCAAAAUUGGCGCCCUAUAUAUGGCCGAGGAGGAUGAUACAUUGCCCUCGUGGUCUAUCGAGCAUAGACCUAUGACCAUGAAGAUGAACGAUGUUGGAGGAGGUGGAAAUGUGAUUGUAGAUGAUCAUACGCUUCCUCCAUUUGAAACCACUACGGACUACAUGCAACAUCUUGUGCAGCAAAACAUCACUCACCUGCAUAAACAGAGGAACUCAAUCGACGACGCUGCUGAUGCCCGGCGCAAGUUUAUACUACGCUGCCGGAUGGAAGCACUAGUACCGUAUUUCACCUCCAAAACGCACGAAUCUGGACCUUUCAAGUUAUUUUGUGACGACUUCAGAUUCGGGAAUGUGUUGAUCGAUGAGAAUACCCUGGAGUUCACUGGUGUCAUCGACUGGGAAUGGACUUAUGCUGCACCUCAGCAAUUCCUGUUCUCUGCGCCCCCAUGGUUGAUUCUGGAGCAAAAUCACUACAAAGAGAACUUCACCAUAUUCUUACAGUGCUUGGGCGAGGAAGAAGAAAAACGACAGAAUCAAAUACCAGAAGACCAACGCAUGUCGACUUUGAUGCGUCGGAGUCUAGAUGAUGGAACGUUUUGGUUCGCACAGCUGAUGCAAGAGGCUUUCAAUUUUGACGAGGAGAUCUUAUGGCGAAACCUCGAAAGAGCGGUCCAAGAAAGAAGGUUGCUGGAAGUGGGUGUUCCAAGCGAAGAGGACGAUGAGAAGUUUGUGGAAACGAAGCUGAUGGAGCUGGACCAAUACAACCUGGAGCUACGUAUGUUGUAA